UGGUUCCUGGACGCCUGGCAGGAGGAGAACAAACCUAGUGUCCUUCUGUUUGACCAGGUCCCUGUGGUCCCACUGCUCUAUAAGCUGACGGCGUUUUCCUUCAGAGAGUAUGUGCGCUUUGGAUACGUGGAUCAAGGAGCGACUCACAACACUCGUCUGCUGCGUCAAUUUAACAUCAACACGUACGCUCCCACCAUGCUGCUGUUUAAGGAGGAUACCCUCAACCCUGUGGACAUCAUACAGGCUCGGGGGAUGAAGAAGCAGAUCAUGGAUGAGUUUGUGUCCAAUAAUAAGUUCCUGCAGGUCCCUCGUCUGGUGAAUCAGCAGCUUUUCGACGAGCUCUGCCCCAUAAAACAGUUCCACCGACGCAGGAAGUUCUGUGUUCUACUGAUCACAGACCAGGAUGAGUCUUUUGUCUCUGGGAAUAAGGCAUUCUUGGAUUUUGCGGUGGCGAAUAAAAAGGACGUGCUUCGGUUUGCUUAUGUUUACCAGAAACACCAGCAGCCUCUGUGCCAGGCUCUGCUCCGGAACCAGGCUGCUCUGUCUCCUCAGGUGGUGAUCUUGGAGAGGCGCACACAGGCCGGUAAAGUGCUGUUCCGCUCACUGAGUGGAGGAUGGAAUGGGAGCGAGGAGGAUAAGUUCAGACUCCACGGAGAAAUCGAGCUCCUCCAGAAAGACCCGUCCUACCUAAGCUCGGACGCAACACUGCCACAACUCAACAACGAGAUGGCUCCGAUUUUCAUUAUCCGCUGGUUGAAUGCUGCAUAUGACUACUUCAUCCAAGUCUAUGACGAUCUGCUCUACUCAAACUGGAGAGAGAUGAUGCCGAUCCUGUCCCUGAUCUUUUCUGCUCUCUUCAUUCUGUUCGGCACAGUCAUUAUCCAGGCCUUCAGUGAGCCCGGGGAGAACAAACCCCAAAAACCAAAGCCCAAAGAGCAACCUCCUUCUCCAGAGGACACAGGAGACCGAAGCAGCACGUCCAGCCGUCCUCCUAAGAAGGACUUUGUGGAGGUGACUGAGCUCACAGACGUUACUUACAUCAGUAACUUAGUGCGCCUCAGACCUGGACACAUCAACGUGCUCCUGGUUCUGUCCGAUGGCUCCAAGAACGUGCUGCUCCGGAAGUUUGCCAAAGAAGUCUUCUCUUUCUCUGGAACCCAGACGCUGCACUUCUCCUUCUUAAACUCAGACAAACAUUCGCGCUGGAUGCCGUCACUGCUGCGCUCGGCUCAAUCCGACGAUUUGGAUCCAGAAGAGGAGUACUCGGACUUCACCGGACAUGUUCUAGCUCUGAACGGACACAAGCGUUACUUCUGCCUCUUCAGACCCGUCUUCACUGGAGACCAAUCCGUGGAACCCUCCCUCUCCGACGCUUCCGUGUGCUCCCGAAAAUCCAGAUCCAGGUCUAGGUCUAGCUCUAAAUCACGAUCCCGGUCUCAUUCCCGGGAGGAGGGGGUCUCGAAGAGGGGGUCUACCAGAGCCACCAGCAUAGAGCUGCACCAUAAGCUCGACAGACUUGGGCUGUGGAUGGAGAGGCUCAUGGAAGGAACUCUGCCCAGGAUACAUGUCCCUGCCUGGCCCCAACUGGACGAAAAUGUGAACUCCUCGCCCAAUCAGAGUUGAGAACGGGCAAAAAUUAGAAAAUAAUAUCGGCGACUACUAUGAAACGUUUGCAGCUAUGGAUUGUGUUUUCGACACUGUUUUAAAGCAUAGAACUGUUAAAAUAGGAUGUGUCUAAUAAGAUUUAUUUAUUUUUUGUGAUUACAGGAAGCAUUUGGUUCAUUUGGUUCAUAAGAAGUAUCAUCAUCAUUCAUCAUCAGCAAUUUGAAGGCUAGCUAACUUCAAUAGACCCACGGCCCUCAUCGCUCUAUCAUAUAGCAAACAACAUGUAAUGAGGCAUUAGUCUCCAGAAAUCAUUCAUAAUUCUCACAUUUUUGACACGAAAGUAUUUCUACUUUUGUUGUCAUUUUAUGUAUUUUCAAGAUCAGGUUUGUACCAGGACGAAACCAGGACGAAACCAGGACGAAACCAGGACGAAACUAGGAUGAAAUCAAGACUAAAUCAAGACUAACCUACUGGAGAUUUGGUUUAGUCUUGUUGUAGUCCUGGUUUAGUCCUCGCUUGAUCCAGAUUUAGUUCAGGUUUAGUCCUAAUGGGGUGUUUUUGCACAUUGACCACAUCGACAAGUCUACCAGGACAAAAGCUGUUGUAACCCAGGACUGAGCAAUGUUUUGAACUUCACAUCCAGCUUCUACCAGAUAAAAGUGCCUUCACCACCACUGGCACAUGUACCACAAGUUGAGAACCACUACUUUACAUUACAAUUUCUGAUCUUGACACAGCGUCGUCUGUUGAAGGGUCUAUUAGUAAAAUGAUUCACUAAAAACCUGCAUUACUUUCAACACUGAUCUUAUUUAUUUAUAGAACAUGCCAUGAAGAAUGAGAUAUCAUUUAAUCUCUAAUGAAGUUUUCACUAAUUUGACCUCUUUAAAGACCCAUAUUACGUUGUUUUCUGAUCUGUUUUAAUGUUCUUUCAAAAACAUACCAGGAGCUGUUUCAUUUACACAAAUCCUAUGUCUUUAGGCUGAGAGAAAACACUGUCUAACUUACUUUACUCAAACAUUUACUCAGACAUUUGUGAAUGAACUAAAACACAACUCCAGGUCUGUUUUUGAAGAGGUAACGUUAUUAUAACAUGGCUAAAGCUCACACGAGUUAGAUUUGCGUAAUAUGUAGGAUAGUAUGGGGUGCUCUGUAAAACCUUGUACUUGUCUUGGGGUCUUAGUUUAAGUUUGAAUAGUUGCUUAUUGCCUUUUGCACUGACAUAAGAUAUUUAUUUGUAGGUUUUUAGUUCAGUGUUUUAUAUUUGUCUAAUAAGAAUUGACUGCAGUAUAAAAAAGCACAGUCAAAAUAAGUAUAUUGUUACUGCAUUAGUAUCACUGGCCACUUUAUUAGGUACAUUUGAGAUCACUGUGAAGUCCCUAAUAUCUACUUUUCAGACUUGGGAGUAAACCACAACAAAACCAGGACUAAAAUAAGGACUAAACCAGGUUUGACCAAGAAAAAACCAGAGUAAACCACAAAGGUCUUGUGUCUUCUCAAGCUCAGGAAGAUAUCUGGGACUGAAUGAGGGACUAACCAAGGAUUAAACAGAAUUAAACCAGGACUACACCAGGUCCGUUCAAAGACUAAAACAGGGCGCUCUCUCUAUUCUGGUGCUAGGGAAUUAGUACUAAACUUGUACUACAUCAAGAAAUUAACCAGAGACUAAACCAGAACUCACCCAUGUCUUUUUGGUUUAAUUACAGGGACUGAACAAAGACUAUUCGACAACUAAACUGAGACUAAACCAGGGUCUAAACUUGGAUUGGACCAUGGGCUGAGCCAGGAACUAAACCAGGAUUUAGACCAACAAGUACCUGAUACAAUGGUGAAUACGUCAGUCAUUUAUCAAGCAAAAAAAUAAUAAUCUUGUUUAAAAUGUAGGAAUCAAAUCAGUUGAGUUGAUUAAACAUUUUUGUCGAGCCAGUGCACAAAACAUGACAAAUUAUUGCCUUUUUAAAAAUCUUGGUACUAAUUUUGAUACUUGAAUCCUCCCCUUUUCAUCUCAUUGACUCUAGUUGAAUUAGAAUUGCAUGUAAAUAAUGUCAAAUGAAGAGUUGUUUGUUUUAGCAUGGACCAUCUAAAAUGUCUGCCUCUGUAAUAUAGAGGAAAAACUAAUACAAACAGAAUAUUAUUUGAAUAGAUGAAAUAAUAAUGGCUUAAAAAUGAAAAGGAUUUGUUUAAAAUGUUUUAUUUAUCAGAUUUGUGAUACCUCUGACCUUCUGUAAUAUUAUUAUUAAAGUUAUGUUUAAUAUUGCUGCUUAAUAAAUGUUAUUUACAACAA